AUGGCGUACCAGGGCUUCGCGCAGGAGUACCUGGGCAUGCCGGCCGUGACGCGGGCCUACACCACCGCCUGCGUGCUCACCACCGCUGCCGUGCAGUUGGAGUUCAUCACCCCCUUCCAGCUGUACUUCAACCCCGACCUCAUCUUCAGGAAGUUCCAGAUAUGGAGGCUGAUCACCAACUUCCUCUUUUUUGGGCCCCUGGGAUUCAGUUUCUUUUUCAACAUGAUAUUUCUGUACAGGUACUGCCGGAUGCUGGAGGAAGGCUCCUUCCGUGGAAGGACAGCUGACUUUGUCUUCAUGUUCCUCUUUGGAGGGUUCCUCAUGACACUGUUUGGCCUCUUUGCCAGCCUGUUUUUCCUGGGCCAGGCCUUCACCAUCAUGCUGGUGUACGUGUGGAGCCGCAGGAACCCUUACAUCCGCAUGAACUUCUUUGGGCUUCUUAACUUUCAGGCUCCCUUCUUGCCCUGGGUCUUGAUGGGAUUCUCUCUGCUCCUGGGCAAUUCCAUCAUCAUCGACUUACUGGGGAUUGCAGUGGGUCACAUUUAUUAUUUCUUGGAAGAUGUUUUCCCAAACCAGCCUGGAGGAAAGAAGUUGCUGUUGACCCCUGGCUUCCUGAAGAUGGUAUUUGACACACCUGAAGAGGAUCCCAACUAUAACCCUCUCCCUGAGGAUCAUCCAGAAAACCAACCUAGAGACCAAGACCAGAACCAGCAGCAGCAGCCACAGUAACACAGGGGACUUCUCCAUGUGACCAGAUGCUUCUCUUC